GUCCUCACCCUUGCUCUGCAACUCAGAACGGCAACUGCUGAGACCACCUCGAGAAGACGAUGAUCCUCAACAGAGCUCUGAUUUGGGGGACCCUUGCCCUGACCACCAUGAUGAGUCCCUGUGGAGGAGAAGACAUUGUGGCUGACCACGUUGCUGCCUAUGGCACAAGCGUCUACCAGUCCUACGGGCCCUCGGGCCAGUACACUUUUGAAUUUGAUGGAGACGAGGAGUUCUACGUGGACCUGCAGAAGAAGGAGACUGUCUGGCGGCUGCCUGAGUUUAGCCAGUUUGGAGGUUUUGACCCACAGGGUGGACUGAGAGAAGUGGCUACGGCAAAACACAACUUGGACGUCUUGAUUAAACGCUCCAACUCUACCGCUGCUGUCAAUGAGGUUCCUGAGGUGACUGUGUUUCCCAAGUCUCCCGUGGAGCUGGGUCAGCCCAACACCCUCAUCUGUGCUGUGGACAACAUCUUCCCUCCUGUGGUCAACAUCACAUGGCUAAGCAAUGGGCACUCAGUCACAAAGGGUGUUUCUGAAACCAGCUUCCUGUCCAAGGAUGAUCAUUCCUUCCUCAAGAUCAGCUACCUCACCUUCCUCCCUUCUGCUGACGACUUUUAUGACUGCAAGGUGGAGCACUGGGGCCUGGACGAGCCACUUCUGAAACACUGGGAGCCUGAGAUUCCAACUCCUAUGUCAGAGCUGACAGAGACUGUGGUCUGCGCCCUGGGGCUGGCCGUGGGCCUCGUGGGCAUCGUGGUGGGCACCGUCUUCAUUGUCCAGGGCCUGCGCCCAGGUGGUGCCUCCAGACACCAAGGGCCCUUGUGAGUCACACUCCAGAGGGAAGGUGCAUUGACAGUCUUUGAGGACAGAAGAGUGGACGUGCUAGAUGGCCGAGCACUAUUCUCUGACCAAGUUCAUCAUAUCCCAUCUCUCCUUCAAUGCACUUCCUCUUAUCUCUUCUCUGGGACUUCAGGCGCUAUUCUCUCAGAGCUCACAAACUCCUGGAAUUCUCCCCCUCACCUUCUGAUAUCUUUUCCUUUUCUCAGUCAUUAACCUACUAAGGGGAUCCCUGGGAUAUUCCAUCCAUCCACCUAAUUCUUCGUGACCCUAUCUCCAUGGGAGCGAUAAACCCCCUCUAAGAGGUCUUUUGUUGAAUUUUUCCCUUUCAUCACAGGGCCAACUAGGACCAUGGCUAAAAAUGGCAAACCCUUAUGCUUCAGGCCCCUUUGAUUUUAUUUUCCAGGUCAUAUUUCAUGCUCAGUAAUACAGGAGCAACAAAAUAUAGGCUGACAAUAUUUUGAUAUCUUAGAUGAGGUUAAUAUUUCUCUCUCACCCUGGCUGGUGCGGCUCAGUGGGUGGAGUGCCAGCCUCUGAACCCAAGGGUCCCUGGUCCCAUCCUGGUUGGGGCAUGUGCCUGAGCUGUGGGCCAGCUCCCCCAGCUGGAGGCGUGUGAGAAGAAAUCGAUCGAUGUUUCUCUCAUACAUCCAUGUUUCUUUCCCUCUCUUUCUCCUUCCCUUACCCCUCUCUAAAAAAAUA